AUGGCUGACAUGACAACAUUGAUAGUUAUCAGUUCCUUUAUCAUGUUCCCAGCUGUGAUGAUGGCACAGGAAGUUGUAAACCAUGGAGGUAAUGACUAAUGACAUCAGGACCAAAAUUUUAUUGCGCACCUAUUUGUAGGCAUUAUGUUUAAGCACCCUGUUGCUGUUUCAUACACAGAAAGCUGUCAAAAAAUCAUUCUGAAGUAAAAAAAAACAAGUGAAAUAAUGAUUUUUACACAUAAAAAAUGUGCGAUCAAGACUUCGAAACGAGCCAAACGCCUUCGUUCAAGACUGAUCCUCUGUUUUACUUUCUUAAGAGAUUUUAAAUGAAUUUGUAUCUUAGAAAAUCGUGCUAUUAAUAUUAUUAUUAUUAUUAUUAUUAUUAUUAUUAAUAUUAUUAUUAUUAUUAUUAUCAUCAUCACCAUCUUCAUUUUUCUAUUGUUAUAAAAUUAUAAUUAUUGCUGUUCCAAUACUACCGUGGCGAAGGUUUAUACUUAGGGAGCUUAUAAAGCAACAACGACGGCGACUAUUACUAAAACAUCAAUAUCGAUAUCUGUAUUGUACUUUGGUUAUUGACCUGAUUGUUUAAUUAAGUCUCGAUGUGAUUGGUCUUGUGUCAGUUAAGCCGUGCUGUUAUUGGCUAUAAAGACUCGGGUCGUUUCAAUCGGUCUUUUGUCACAGUUUAACAGCGACGAUCCAGCGACAGGAAAUGCUGAUGUCAACAAUCACACUUCUUAUUGCUGAACACCAUUUACAGACGAAAAAUAAAAUCGACCGGGACUCUGCAACGCGUAUUACGCAUUCUACAGACUACCAUAACUAGCACUCAUUUUCGAAAGUUUGUUUACUAAAUUAGACCAAAAGCCACUGGAAUCGGAGUCAACAGGCACGGUACAAACGACUUAUGGCGGACUCAAGCAAAACUGACAAAAACAGAAGUGACUUUAUAGGCAAGAGACAAUUUGACUAACAUUAAACUACUGUAACAACAAACGACUUUGACUAUGAAGAUGACUACCCGACACAUUCCUACUCAGGACUACACCCUGACGAUCAUGCUCCACCUUCUAAUGGAUUUAUAAUUACUGUUCAUUUAUUGUUUUGCUGUUUCGCAGUUUGUCCCGUUCCGAUGAAUAAAGAAGAAGAGGAGAUGAUUAAAGAGCAGGAAAGAAACAGAGAAGAAAUGGAAGAGAUCAUGAGAGAGAUUGAAAUCAGUUGUUUAGGUGAGUGAUAAAAAACCAUGGGAUGAAUAAUUAAGUACAAGUAAAAAUAACUUAAGGAGGUUUGGGGUCGUUUUUGUUAUGCAAAGAACAAUGUAAAUUAUGCAUUUCUGCACCCGUUCUCUUCAUUGGAAGCGUUGUCGCUCAUAGGACGAAAAAAUCCCGCGCGGAUACCGGGGGAAGGGGGUAGGGAUGUACUCUGGCUUUCAAGGGACAGAUCCUAAAAGUUUUUGUUCCAACGCCUACUCUCCGUUGUAUAUACAACGCUCCUCAUUCAAUCUCAAUUCGAUUAUAGUGAUAUUGUCUGGGGUAAUUGUGGAAAAACUUUUUUUGACAGGCUACAGAAGCUUCAGAACCGUGCUGCUCGUGUUCUAACCUUUUCUAGAUAUGAUGCUUAUGCCAACCGCUUAUUUAGACAACUUAAUUGGAAAGACUUGAGAACUCAGUUUCAAAUACAAAAGCCCUAAUGGUUCACAAGUCUUUAAAUGAUCUUGUUCCAGGAUAUUUAUCCUCUAAAUUGUUAAACGAUGUGAAACGCGCUACUCCCUAAGUGACUCUGUUAACAAACUGAGUGGGAACUAACUUCAUGAAGAACAGCUUCAGUUAUAGCGCAGAAGUGAUAUGAGAGGGCUAAAUUUUUAACAAUACCAAUUAACUGCACUGAAGCACACGUACCAUCACUGCGUUAUGGCCAAUACCUUACGCAUGCGAACAACCUUGUGCAUGCGCACAACCAUGGACAGCUGGUUCGCCCUUAUUGGGGCUCAUCCGCCUGGCAUAGCCGUUGGGUCAAUUAGCGGGGGAUUGCUGGCGUAUCAAAGAACAUUUACUGCCGAGGCGAGUGCAAGCACUGCUUUAAGCGCCAGCUCCACCGUAAACAAGUGGUAGCUGUUGGUUGGGAACUGCAAAACAGUUCUCCCACGGCAUGCGUAUGGAGAUGGUAUCACUGAGAAAAAUUGAACUGUGUGCCCAAAAAAAAAACUUUAUUUGGGCACACAGUUUAAUUUUUCUCUUUUUUGGGGGGUUUGAGGGAGGGGUUUCUGAUCCAUAACACAUAGUAACUAUUCUAAACAUCAAAUCCCCUCAGACACAUUUUUUUCUUAGCAACACUUUCCUUCCAAGGACAUAUUAUUUCUUCCACAUCUUCCAGCCAGCAAAAAUUGGCCUGAAGAACAGAUAUUUUGAGGAACAGAUCCAUUGGGUGCCCCUGAGUGUAGCCCUAGCAGCACUAUACGAUGCGUCCCUAGGGGUGCAAAGUUUCUUGAUUGAAGUUUUGAGAUUAACGUUCCAAGUCCUUUAACAAACUUGUUUAGUAAAUCACGCAGUGGUUGGUGACAUUGAACGAAGAGUAUUCAUAGAUUAUAAAAAUUUUGAACUCACUUGAACUGUUGCAAAUAAACCAUUUAAACAACUCUUGAUCGGCUGAAACUGAAAACGGACUUUGUCGGUGGAUUACUUUACGUCAAAUUCUUACCUAACUUCCACUUGCUGAUUUGUAGAUGAGUGUAAAACAGGACUACAUAACUGCCACGAUGAUGCACACUGCACCAACACCAAGCGUUCCUUCACUUGUACUUGUAAGCAAGGAUAUACUGGGGAUGGUGUUAACUGUGCAGGUAGCAAACCAUAUGGAGCUUAAACUAACAGGAUUUCAUUUUUCGUUUUAUGCUAUUCCAUACCAUAAAGAUUAGAGCCAAUCAGAAAGCUGGAAACCGGUUUCAUAUUUAGUCAGUGGUAUGUCUCAGAUCGGUAGCUUCUUCGUGUUGUGGACGGGUGCAACCACAAAAUGACGUCAUACAAAAGAUUAAAAAGACACUGAACAAUAUCCACACCAGAUAACAAUAGCUAAUAAUCAACAAUGGUUUCCUCAUCACCAACAAACACCCCACAGGUCGUAUCCAUGAAAAAUGUCUGGUGUUAGUUGCAGCCUCCAGAUCCCCGUAGCCUGCGAACAGGCUCACAUGUGCGAGUUCGAGGGACAUUUUGGCGCGUGCAUUUCCUAGCCCUAUUAUUCUGGCCGGCUUUGCGUACUCGAUCCACCAAAAUUUUCUUUUUCUCAGGCUAAACUCCCCCAGCGAAAGCUUUCCAAGUGUGCAACAUGUAAAACAGAGUCUACAUUAAAAUCGAACGAAGUCAGUUGAUCAUUCAGCAUUAAUUCUUGAUUGCAGACAUAGACGAGUGUAAGACUGGAUACCACCUAUGUGACGACGAUAUUUCAGAGUGCGAAAACGCUAAAGGAUCUUACAAGUGUGUUUGCAAAAGUGGAUAUGAACAUAUAUGUGCAAGUAAAUAUACCACCGAGCACUUCAAGAUAUGCUAAUUGAAAUGUAUACUUAUAAUGUCUUCUUCUUUUCUCGGGUUUACGUGGGGUGAAUCAGGUUGAAAAAAUAGAGGCAUCGACAAAAUAGGAACGUGGACGGCAUAUUACGAUGCUUUUUAAAACAGAUCUACGGUUUGAUGAUUCAACAUUAACUCUUAAUUUGCAGAUAGAAACGAGUGUGAGACAGGAAAACACAACUGUAACGCCACCAGUUCAUUGUGCCGUAACACUGAACCAUCCUUUUAGUGUUCUUGCAGGGAAGGGUAUUUCGAAAGUGCCGUUGUUUAGUAAAUCACGUCGUGGUUGGUGACAUUGAACGAAGAGUAUUCAUAUAGAUUAUAACAAUUUGAAGUCAAUUGAACUGUUGCAAAUAAAUAAUUUAAACAACUCUUGAUCGGCUGAAAGUGAAAACUGACUUUGCGGGUGGAUUACUUUACGUCAAUUAAAUUCUUAUACCUAACUUCCAUUUGCUGAUUUGUAGAUAGGUGUAAACUGGGACGACAUAACUGCCACGAUGAUGCAUUCUGCACCGAGACUAAGAGUACCUUCACUUGUACUUGUAAGCCAGGAUAUACUGGGGAUGGUGUUAACUGUACAGGUAGCAAACCUGAUAAGGAGCUUAAACUAACAGGAUUUCACCUUCAGUUUUAUGCUAUUCCAUACCAUAAAGAUUAGAGCCAAUCAGAAAGCUGGAAACCGGUUUCAUAUUUAGUCAGUGGUAUGUCACAGAUCGGUAGCUUCUUCGUGUUGUGGACGGAUGCAAUCACAAAAUGACGUCAUACAAAAGAUUAAAAAGACACUGAACAAUAUCUACACCACAUAACAAUAGCUAACCAAAAAUAGUUUCCCCAUAACCAAGAAACACUCCACAGGUCGUAUCCACGAAAAAUGUCUGGUGUUACUUGCAGCCUUCAGAUUCCCGGUAGCCUGCGAACAGGCUCACAUAUGCGAUUUCGAGGGAAAUUUGGGCGUGCACAUUUCCUUGCCUUAUUAUUCUCGCCGGCUUUGUCUGCUCGAGCUGCCAAAAGUUUCCUUUUCGCGGGGUAAAUUCUCCCAGCGAAAGCUUUCCAAGUGUGCGACAUCUAACGUGGUUUAUCAUUUGUAUUUUUUAGUUAUUUGGCAUUCAAUCUUACUUCCGUUUUUGUUUUGUCCACUACAAAAAUUUAUCAUUCUAUAAAAAUAUGAUGGAUAUAUCUAUCCUCAUUGGAAACAAUCGACACAAAAAUCGAACCCGAUUGAUAAUUCAUGCAUUAACUCUUGAUUUGCAGACAUAAACGAGUGUGAAACUGGAAACAACCAAUGUGACCCCGAUACUUCAGUGUGCGAUAACACUAAAGGAUCUUACAAGUGUGUCUGCAUGUCGGGUUUUUCCAAAAGUGGACAUAAACAUAAAUGUACAGGUAAAUAUACAUCCGAGCACUUCAAGAUAUGCUAAUUGAAAUGGAUAUUUUCAAAAUGUCUUCUUCUUUUGUCGAAUUUAAGUGGGGUGAAUCAGGUUGAAAUGAUAAAAGCAUCGUCAAAAUAGGAACGUAUACGGCAUAUUAUGAUACUUAACAGAUCUACAGUUUGAUAAUUCAGCAUUAACUCUUAAUUUGCAGACAUAAACGAGUGUGAGUCGGGAAAACACAACUGUAACGCCACCAGUUCAUUGUGCCAUAACACUAAAGGAUCCUUUAGGUGUGUUUGCAGGGAAGGGUAUAACGAAAGUGUACCUGAACAUAAUUGUACAGGU